AAAAUGCCAAGAGGUUUUUCCUCAGAAGCACUGUCAUUGAAUAGUGUUGGAAUGUUAAUCUGCGAUCAAAAGGGAUUUGCUGCAGGGGAAGCAGACAUUUUCACUACAACUAUACUUCAACGAUAAAGAGAAAACUUUACUUUACUGUUGCCGCCUUUCCUCGUUUUCUUCCAUCGGCAGCUGUAGGCUCCUCUGCAACACGCAGUGAGCCCCGACAUCUCCUCGUCUUCCCCAGGGGAGCCCAGGAUCGCAGCCUCAGUAUGGGGAGGGAAGAGAGCAGACGGUGAGAGUUUGUGGGAGGAAUGAAGUAACAAUGGAUCAGAAGAUACCGUAUGAUGACUACCAGCUUCCAGUGGUGUUCCUGCCGUCUUAUGAGAACCCACCAGCAUGGAUCCCCCCUCAAGAGCGGAUUCACCACCCCGACUACAACAACGAGCUUACCCAGUUCCUGCCCCGCACCGUGGUCUUGAACAAACCUCCAGGAGCGCAGCUUGGCUUCAACAUCCGCGGCGGCAAGGCGUCACAGUUGGGAAUCUUCAUAUCCAAGGUGGUGCCAGACUCCGACGCCCACAGAGCAGGACUCCAGGAGGGAGACCAGGUCCUUUCAGUCAACGACGUGGAUUUUCAAGACAUUGAACAUUCCAGAGCUGUGGACAUUCUGAAGACUGCACGGGAGAUCCUGAUGAGAGUUCGCUUCUUUCCUUACAACUACCAGAGGCAGAAGGAGAGAACCGUCCACUAGGUGGCGCCAGUGAGCCAGGAGUCAAAGACGCACUGAGUCAGAAGACGUCACAGUACGUCAUUACCACCCCUGCUCACUUCCAACAAUAGGUGACUGACACUAUGUCACACUUGUACACACCGUGCCAUCAUCACUACGUCCGCCUUCAAAGUAAAGUCUCAUGUAAUACUGAAUAUGUACAAAAUGUAAAUGUUAGACAGCAGCACCAAGUUGUGAAAGCAAAUCUACCACAUGAAGCACAUUGUCGGCUUUUUAUACAUGCAGUUGUAGCAAACAUUUUAGUCGCCAUCCUGUGUUUGCAGUAACUUUCUCAACACUUAUUUUAAUUCCGUGUCACAUUUAUAUUUUAACAAACUUAAAACUUGCACCAUUUCUUACAUUGUUUUUAAUGUACUGAGAAAAAAUGUUUUAUUUUUAAAAUUGCUUCUUUAUCAUGAUAUUGUCUUAUUUAUGUUUUGAAAUAAAGACACAAGUAUGUAUUUA